AUGAAGAAACCGCCCAAGUCCAAGGCGGUGAGAUCGGCAGAGGCGAAGGCGUUCGACCCCGAGGCCCGCACCUACAACUGGCCGUUCGAGCAGCAGGUGCUGGCCGAGGCGAAAGCAGCCAAGGCCCGCGAGAAGUUGCAGCAGAGCGCGGGCGCGGUCGACAGCGCCGUCGCCGAGAUCGUAGCCAUCCAGAACGAGGGCAAGCAGAAGCGCCGAAGUACAUCUUCGUGCAGCGGCUGGUCACGGACGCCGACCUGCUCUCGCCCAGCGACGCGCGGAUCGCCGAAGCACAGCACGACGGCGACCAGCAGCCCACCCAGCAGCACCACGCAGACCAGCACCACCGCAACUCGUACGGCUGCGCUGGACUGGGCGGGCCAGGCGAAGCUGCACGAGGUGGUGAUGGACGAGCUGAGGGCCGCGCGCGCGCGGUGUGCCAAUCGCGCCCUUUCGGACGAGGCGGUGGCCGAGGCGCUGUCGCGCUCCUUCCAGCGCGUGGACGACCAGCUGCGCCUCGUGGGCGCGUGGCGGUGCGGCUGCACGGCCACCGUGGCGCUGGUGAACCGCACCGCUAGCGGGCCGCGCGUCCAUGUCGCCAACGUGGGAGACUCGCGGUGCGUGGCCGUGGGGUCCAGGGGCUGCGAGCGCCUCUCGAGGGAUCACCGGCCCACGGAUCAGGCCGAGGUGAAGCGAAUCGAAGCGGACGGCGGCUUCGUGAGCCGUGGCCGCGUCGGAGGG